CCUCUCCUACAGCUCGUAGAGUGACCCGUCAGGGCCGGCCACACGGGGUUGUAUUACCAGUACGGUUCACGUGGUCUAAAAAGGCAAGUGUCUUGUUCGUCCGGACCAAGUAGGAGGAUUUACCUCCCCCCCACCUCCCCCCCAAGCAAAGAAAGGAGAGCUAGAGACGGAUCAGUGAGGUUGUCUUGAUUCGUUCGCUGCGGUGUCGCUCUACUCCGCGUUUCGCUCUCGUUCUCCGCAGCGACACGAAUGAUUCGUUCAGAUUAUUUGGUCACGAGGUUUUACACACGUGCGCGCAUAUCGAUCACUGCUUCAAUCUGGACGUGACAUUUGCGGCUCUCAAUCUUUGACCUCAACACCUGCUUCAACCUUGAAACCUCUGCGAUUACCUGCAAGUUAAUGUCAGGACAAAGACCAAGGCUGCUUUUAAUGAUAAUAAAAUGAAAAUGUCAGAAAUGACCGGCGCUUCCUCGAGUCAUCCGAGAAAUCAAGCGCAGUGGGACAUCAAUGACUCCAAACUGCCCCAGGUGGAGGUGCUGGACUCAUUCCAGGAGUGGCCUGACGGAUACGCCCGCCUCGUGUACAGCGCGACGGAGCGCAGCGCGCAGAAGCAUCAGAGCGGUUGGGCCAUGCGCAACACCAACAACCACAACUGCGCCAUCCUCAAGAAGUCCUGCCUCGGGGUGGUGCUGUGCGGCCGCUCCUGCACUCUUCCCGACGGCCGCAAGCUCUACCAGCGGCCGGCCAUCUGCGAGAAGGCGCGCCAGAAGCAGCAAGGCAAAGCGUGCCCCAACUGCGGAGCGGGACUGGAGUUAGUCGCGUGCCGGGGUCACAGUGGAUACCCGGUCACCAACUUCUGGCGGCAGGAGGACCAGAUGAUCUUCUUCCAGGCCAAGGGCUUGCACGACCACGCGCGGCCCGAGAGCAAGAGCGAGGCGGACUCUCGUCGCAGCACGGCCAAGAGGCAGGGUCAGCACGUGGAGGGGGGUCCCGUGCGCAAGAAACGCACGGCGGAGGACGACAAGGACUCCCUCGCGAGCUUGAGCUCCACCUGCGCCCCGGAGCUCCCCUUCAAGCUGGAGCCGCACGCCUCCCAGCUCGAGCGCAAGGACGAGCGAGCCCACGAGCUGCCCACGAGCGCCGCGUUGGGGGCCGUCUACAGCCUCCCGGGCCUCCCCAUCUACCGGCAGCCCUCCUCCUACCCGGGCCCGAUGCGAACCCCUCCCGGCGGCGACUACUCCCUGCACGACAAGGGCUGCGCGCUGCCCUACAACCCGGCCGAACACAGCAGGGGCGCUGGGAAGGAACGCGCGGGAUUUCCAUACCUUGACCACGGGGCUCACCACGGCUCCCAGGACGAGGCUGGGGCCGGAGAGAAUUCGGGACAUGCGGCCACCCUGGGUGGCGGCAGCGGCGGCGGCGGCGUCGUCCCGUGCCGGAUCGUCGGCUCCGCGGGGCCUCCUGGCUCGCCGGCGUCCGUGCAGGCCGUGAUCACGACGACCACCAAGGUGGCGUACCACGCGCACUUGCCCUACGGCGACGGCGUGUUCAACGUGCAGCACCCGUGCGCCGACUACUACCCCAAGGUGUACCCCGAGUUCAUGUUCUCCAAGGAGCAACCGGCGCCCUUCCUGCACGGAUACCCGGCACCCUACGCGGCUGCGGCUGCGGCGGCGGUGCCUGGCGGCGUCGGUACCACCGGGCCGGGCCGGUGCGAGGCUCAGUACGGGAAGGAGCCGUCUCCCUACAAGCCCGUGGAGCCGUUUCGCGCACUCGCACUCGGCCAGCGAGUACCUCUACCCCAAUGGGCACUUCUGCCACUUCUGAGCUGCGCGUCCGUUCGCCCGGUCCAAUUUGCUCCUCGUUGCCAUCUCGGAAAUUUACGCUGCGAGAUUUGAGACGCGGCGAGGCGUAGAGACGAGAUUAGUAGAACGUACGAGAGUUUAUUAAAGGCGUAAAUGUUGACUGUUUAGAGAGAGAGAGAUCAGACAAAUGUAGUGGGUUUUUGAGAAGGGCACACCACUGGUGGGGCGGCUGAUGGCCGAGUGGGCGAAAAUAAAGACGGAAGUGGCAGCCAAGGAUUGGAACGGAACGUGUCGGAAAGGACGACCAAGGGGAGAAGAUGGAGCGAUGGAAGGAGCUCGUGUGCGGGGUGGAUCGUUAUUGCAUCGUGGGUAUUGCUGAAGAUGGCGUCGGGCUUGGAGAGGUCUUCGUCCAGCAGUGGAUUGAGCACGGCUGAUUAUGACGUCGUCGAUGAUGAUGAUGAUGAUAAAGCGGUGGCGCAGGUGUAGGAGGGGAACGAGUGAACGAGUGGAUGCCGCUGGACGUCUUUGGACUGCUUCGCGCGUCAUCAAGAAUAAACUCUUGCCCGGAUAUCAAAGGGCUUAACAUCUAUCCAGCGAAAUGUCGCCAUUUUCCCGUACGAAUUCAUCAUCAAGAUUAUCAUCACGAAGGAUAAUUUCUUAUGCAAGUCACGUAAAGUCUGCCUCUGAUUGACUUAUAUUUUUCUAAUGAGUAAUAUCUCGUGUAAGAACUGUCGCCGCUGCUGUCUCUACUGAACGACAAUAAGCACUGCUUCGGCAUUGUCGUCGACACUUUUAUAGUUUUCCCUUUGAUUUACUUUGAUUUUUUUUUAAACUUGACCUCCUACGUGUACGCUGUGUUUCUGUAGCAUUCCAUUGGAUGAGAAGGAACAGUGGAGUGCCUUUCUCUACACGGUAUACUAUUUUCAGAAUCAGAAUCUUUAUUUAUGCCGGAGGAACCAGUUGAGCUAUAAAGCUCGCGGAUGUCCAGUAGGGGCGGGUCAAAAAGUUACAAAAACAAAUUUUAAAAAACGAUAGAAUCGCAAAGUAUAGGAAAGGUAAGCAAAUCAUCAAAAAAAUAGAUAAACUGAAACUUUUUUUUCACCAGGUAAAGACCACUGAGCUAUUCGUCAUUUUUCAGAAGCGACCUUGCCACAAAUGAAAGCUCAGCGAAGUGGCUUAUCGCGUGAAAAUGUACAGCAGCCAAAUACCCUAAAAGCGUGUUUGUGCGAUCAAAUCGCCUGGCAUGCCACCCCCAUCUCUCUGCCCAGCCAAGCAGGGCUCGGAACCAGUCAUCCGGAUAGAGCUUCGGAUGCGCAACGCUUUCUUUGCACAGCGAGGCGUGUGACAUGCGGCUGCUGGGUUACGUGUCGAUCAGCUACGGGCAUCACAGCAGAGUCCGUUGUUGUACUGCAGUUCUAUGCUUCCACGUCUAUGCCUUCCCCGCCAACCUCCCACCCGCCUUCGGUGUGGGGCAGAGGUCGCAAGCGGGUUUUGAUUCCUUACCCGUACCCUUACUCGGCCGCACCAGGGUCGCAAACGGCUACCCGUACCCAGCCGGGUACGGGUAGCCGGGUAUCGGGUAGGGUACGGGUAUCGGGUACCCGGUUGCGACCUCUGCCUCCCACCCGCCUUCGGUGUGGGGUCAAAUAACCCCAACGACCCGCAUGGGCGCCUGUUUUGUAUUUAUUUCAGGUCACAAACGAAAAUGCAAGCGCACUGAUUAAUUUCCCUCUCUCCUCUUGUUCUUCGCCUUUCGUAUAAAUGUAUUCCUGCUGGCCAUGCUGACAAAAGGCACCGCAGCGUUGAUAAUUAUCGAUGACGGAAGUACGCGAUUAGGGUUAUGCACUCUGAAUGCAUGUACAAAUGGAUUAAAAUAAUUGACAGGGUUGUCGCUGUACAGGUACUUGAAUAUAUAUAGCCAUUAUAGACGUGAAGGUUUCUUUAAAAAAAUUGGACGCAAACGUAACACGUAGCACUAUUUGUAAAAAAAGAAUACAACUUAGCAUCGAGAUAAACUGCCAAAUGAUUGUAAAUGUGCACGAAAUAUCUAAUCUUUAGAUAAACGAUUGUCCCUUAUAAAUGAUUGCUGGUGAUGUCCCCACGUGCGCUGUACGUUUAAUAGCCAUAAAACUAUAAACUGCCGCAGGGCAAAACGUUGCGUACGGCUUGUGAAAUGUGUGAUUAGUUAGUACUAUACUCGGCAGAGCUCCAGGGUGUACGUAUCUGGGCGUGUGUGGCGUAAUGGUUAGCGCACUACGUUACGAAACCGGCUGUCCGAGUUAGAUUCCCGUUCACCGCCACCAACACCAGUGAUUAUUAUCUGAACCGGUCCUGGGCAUCCCCUAGGUUGAAUCAGCCUCCAAUGAGUACCUGGUGCGGUGUGUAAAUAUCGCCAGGAGGGAGACAAAGGCGGCCGGGCGUGGUGCUGGCCACCCACCCCCUCGUGUACCGUUGCGGCCUUUAUAGGUGCUCGCUAACAGCACUUGCCCCUACAGUCUGCUAAGGCUAUACGGGGAGUCUUUGUCUUUGUGUGAGUAGCAGCGUUGCGGGUAGCGCAGUAUGCGCCACGGCUGGAGAAUAUCCCAACCUGUACUGUGCCUCUUGUAAGUAGACUCAGCCUUUAAGCGAGUGCCUGGUGCAAUGUGUAGACAUCAGCUCUGGGGAGACAACGUGAGCUGGUCAAGGUUCUGUGCCACACGACCCAAACAAAUCUCUGUUCAUCUACAAAAAGGGGGAUCUUUGUCUUUUGUACGACGCAGAGAGAACACAGCGCAUUCUACGCAUAUUCCCGCACGGUUGACCGCAAAGUCGGCAGUCGCUCUCCAUUCCUUGACUCUGUCCUGACUGAUGCAGUUGGGGACUUGUGCCAUGUGGUUGAAGUCGCUUUACCAGUCCGUACCGUGAGUUAUAAUAGCAGUAAUAAUGUAUGUUGAAUUUCUUUCGCACCGUACGUAGCCAAUCGUGCUAGUCGGAGGCGCACGGGAUGGACAACAAACUCAAACACAAAAAGCAGUUCUUAAGAAAUUAGUUAUAAAUUCAGAUUUUGAAGUGCAUAGCUCCAGUGGCUUCCGAAAAUCGUAAGGAAGAGCGUUCCAGACGGCCGCAGAAGCACAUCUGAACCCGCUCGAUGCGGUGACCGUCUUUGUUCGAUGGCCAGUCAAGAACCGCUGCGAGGAGGACUGGAGUUCUCGUGAUUGUUGAUGCUCCUUAACGAGAUCAGCAAGGUAUGACCUGCAUUUACCCAGGAAAGCCUCACUGAGACUCUAGAAUAUCUUUAAGGAAGGUCCUGCAAGUGGGAUGUUCGGCAUAUGGGAUGAAACUGGAGUGCCAGGAGAGAGAAAAAAACACUCAAAGCUCCGCACGGAUUGAUUUAAAAAGCCAUUGGUCUACUGCCAGCAUUUGGCCAACCUGAAGCCUUCAACAUUGGUGAGCACCAGCAAAUCUCUCAUCCAAAUAACUAACCAGACACAUGCUUGCUUAGCUUCUGAGAUAUGAUAUGGUUCAGGGCAUCCAAUGUGAUUUAGUCUUAGAUGAUAAUUAGGGUCUUAACCGCAGUCGAAAACCGCACAAACCACGCGUAUCAUGACCUACAAUCUUCAUCGUUGCAGACACUUCCCUCCCUGCCAUGAAAACGAGGAAUUUCCACCGCUGGUUCAAGGUCGCCUGCGCUGGUUUUUGUUCCCGCGCCACGAAAGUUGUUUGAGCAGGGGAGGAGAGAGACCAUUUUUGAAAUAAAAAUGCUACUGUGACUCUG